UUGAAACCUUUUAAAGACAAAGAAAACCAUUAGCUCUAUAACCAGGACGUGAAAAAAAAAAGCGAUAUCACAAAGUCUUUUCUUUUUCUAUAUUUUGCUAAUUUCUUAAAAAUGAUAAAAGACUAAACAGUAGAAAUUGAUGGCUGACUACCUCUAGGGUAAAUGAUACUUUUAUUAGGCUUAUAGGCAAUAUAUUUCGUGAAAGAGAGAAAGAAAGAGAACAAAUAAGAGAAACAAGCCUUUCUCAAUGCAAACCGCCCCACCCAUAAAUACUAUUCUCCCUUUCAUUACUUUAAUUUGUUUUAAAUGUGAAAAAAAAUUGUACUUGUAAUAGUUACCAGAAUAAAAAUGUGUACGUGGCUUACGCCAAAUUGACUAUAUUCAAUUAAAUGCUGUUUAUUUCCUUUUAUGCUGUGCAGAGAAUUCGUUAAAAUCAUUUUCGUUUACCAUUCUUAACUUUUUGUUUCUUUUCUUCUUUCUCUCAGUCUUUAUAUAAGGGAAACACUACUAUGUCUGGUGACGAGGAUAAUGCAUCAACUUUAAGAAGGCAGACUUCUAGCAAAGAAAAACGUCUUUCGAGACGAGGAAGGCGUCGUUUAGUAUUUAAAAAUGGUGAAUGUAAUGUUUCUCACUCGAAUAUCAGAAAAAGACGACGGCGAUAUUUAUCUGACAUUUUUACUACUCUAGUAGAUCUUAAAUGGCGAUGGAACCUAUUAAUAUUUGUUCUUGCUUUUACUUUAUCUUGGAUAGGAUUUGCGCUAAUAUGGUGGCUAAUCUGCUUCUCACACGGAGAUUUUGAAGGCGAUCAAAAACUAGUCUGCGUUGAGGAAUUAACCGAUUUCACCACCGCUCUUUUGUUUAGUAUAGAAACUCAACAUACAAUUGGAUACGGUUAUCGUCAUGUGACAUCCAACUGUCCAGAAGCAGUUUUGGUAGUGAUGGCUCAAUCUUGUUUUGGAGUAAUUAUUCAAGCUUUAAUGACGGGCUUGGUGUUUGCUAAAUUAUCGAGACCAAAGAAAAGAGCUGAGACGUUAAUGUUUUCUAAAAACGCUGUUGUGUGCGUUAGAGACGGUCAACUUCGAUUACUCAUACGAGUCGGAGAUAUGAGACGUUCUCACAUAGUUGAGGCUCACGUUAGAGGUAUUCUUAUCAAGAGAAGAGUUACAAACGAAGGCGAAGUACUUCCACUUUGUCAGCAUCAAGUUGAGUUGGGGGCUGAAGACGGCGAUGAAAGAUUAUUUUUAGUGUGGCCUGUUAUUCUUGAACAUAGAAUCACGCCUGAUUCUCCUUUUUAUAAUAUGUCCGCAGAUCACUUGUCUAAAGAACAAUUUGAACUGAUUGUUAUUCUAGAAGGCAUUGUAGAAUCAACGGGGAUGACAACCCAAGCAAGAACUUCCUACCUCCCUUCAGAAAUUUUAUGGGCUCAUCGUUUUGAACGUUUAGUAACUUUUCAAAAGAACGACGGCGAAUAUCAAAUUGAUUUUAGUAGAUUUCAUAACACAAUCGUCGUUCCAGAUACAAAGAGAUACUCUGCAAAGCACUUGCGAGACAUGCAAAAACGGGUAUCAUCACCAAAAGAGAAAGAUACAUCAAUAGAUGAAAGAGAAAAUCAACAAAAAGAUAUUUUUACCCAAACAGAAAACGAUAUCGAAGAGGAUUCAAUAUAGAACCUCUACAUCUCUGUUUAGCAUUUUCUUGUAUGGUUCGUGCGUAUAUAUUUGCAGCUGAACGAAGCAAAUUAGAUAAGGCUUUUGGAAAUGAAUGCCAACUCUCCUACAUUUUCACUUUUCUUCACUUCUUACUUCAACAAAAACUUAUUCAAGUUAAAUAAAAACCUGAGAUCAAAACAAGCAAGAUUAUUAAAUAUAUACACCAUAUACUGUAUAUUCAUAAAUUCCAUCUCUUUUAUUCUACAGACGAAACAGAAUAAUUCAUUUUAUAAAAUUCAGUUCUGAUAUCAAUCUGUCUAUCUUGUUUAGUUCUAAUCUUUUUUAAAUAUAUACUGUCUUUGUAUACAAUAUGACAUAAUAAGUGUUUACGUAUCUAUCCACCUAUUUAUCUACCAUAUAAGCAGCCUAUGAAUAGGUUAAAUUCGGUAUUAUUUAUGUAAUUGCUUACGUAAUGAGAUGCUACACACAUCACACAUACAUUUUUCUUAAUCUUGUACACUGUGUAACUAUAUACAUUUUGAGAAUUGUUCCUGCAACUAUCUCAAUUCCAGCUCAAUGUAAUCUUAUAUAACCUCUUCUGUUGCCUUAUGUAAUUCAAAGCUAUUGUCGACCUUCUUUACCACAAUAAAAUUUUUUAUAUUUCAAAAUGAAUGAAAUGAACGCUACAACGUUAUCACUUUCAGUCUUCCUUGUUCUCAUUUUUAAGCAAUUAAUUUCACACUAGUCAUCAAUUUUUUUUUCCAUAGGAAUCACAUAGCAAAAAAAAUUACUAGUUAGUAAUUUUGGGUUUUAUUUUCUAACAUCUAAACUUAAAGUAUAGCUUGCCAGUUUCCACUUACCCUUUUCAUUAUACCUUAUAAUUGUAAAUACCUCAGUCAACCUUGAACUAUGGUACAAAUCAUCUCUUCUUGCUGAGUUUUAUUACAAUUUCCAAAAAUUGUGACAAGUAGUCUGGUAGCAAAAUACUAGGUAAAAAGUGUGAUCUGAGUGAGAUACAGCAUACCUGCA